AUGGCUGCCACAGUCCCCCUGCUUAGUAUCAAUCUCAAUCCCAUCCUGGGACCGAUAUUUAUCGGCGUAGUGUGUGCCGCUAUGUUCCAUGGAUUCACAACCUUGCAGACGAUCUUCUAUUACAUGAAUUAUCCAAGGGACGGUCUGUUUCUCAAGAUACUCGUCUUCUCCUUAUGGAUCCUUGAUACGCUCUCCCUGGCAAUGAUUUCGCAUGGAGCUUACACCUACAUGAUUACUAACUUCAUGAAUCCGUUGGUGCUGGAGACUGUGGAUUGGUUCUUGUGCCAUAGGAUUUGGGGCUUGAACAAGAAACUUAUUCCUCUUGCACUUGCACUUGUGCUCCUCUCGAUUUUGAGUUAUGUGCUAGCACUAUUGGCUUCAUACUAUGGACUUCGUGAUACAUCAGGCGCACAGGUAGAGCUGAAAUUUUCGGAUUUGCACUGGACGCUGUACAUGACCCGCACCGGAGCUAGACAGACUGACAGGAUGAUCGAUCAGUUGAUCCUGUACACCGUCACGAGUGGUCUGCUCCCUGCACUUGUCAGUAUAGCUUGCCUAAUAGUGAAUCUCGCCGCUCCCGAGACUCUCAUCCUGGAAGCUUUCAAUGCCGUCUUGUCAAAAGCUUACGCAAAUGCGAUACUGGCUACGUUGAACAGCAGGCAUUCCGUCUCGAGCCGCCCUUCAGAUUCCAUCCAGGACCUCACGGACUUGCAAUUCCAGCAUACGAAAGCCACACGCCCGAAUAUUAACAACAGCGAGGCAGACGGCGAUUUUCGGGAAUCUGAUCUCUCGUCGACCAGAAUGGGCGGGGUAACCAGGGGACCACCAUCACAUGGUUCGUCGACGAGGAUAUCUAUUCCGCUGCAAGGCAGUAGUAAACCCAUCCUAUCCGAAGUACGAUGA